AUGGAGACGGAUCUGAACCGGACUGCGGAGGCGGUGAAGCGGUGGCAGCUCAGCGGGGGGGGCGGCCUCCGCUCCGGGACCAGCUUCAGCACCUGGACCCCGCUGGGCAACAAGCGGAGCAACGCACAGUUAUUCGAGGAGAGAGUGAACCUUGUGCUGCACUGGUUUGACCUGUGGACCGACAAACAGAGGAAACACCUGCUGCACUCUCUGCUCACACGCUGCACCAAGACACAGCUCACGUACUGCAGGGAUUUACUGAAGGAGAAUGUUCCUGUGACUCAUGUGGACUUCACGGCGGUCCUUCCACGGUUUCUGUCCCUGUAUGUGUUGUCGUUCCUGUCCCCUCGUGACCUCUGCUCCGCCGCCCAAGUCAGCUGGCACUGGAGGGUCCUGGCCGAACAGGACUGUAUCUGGACAAACCGAUGCACCCGGAAGGGCUGGUUCCUUCCCUACGCUCCCGGAGAGAAGGAGUACGGAGCGUGGAGGAACCACUACGUCUCCUGCGUCUCCACGCUGGACUGGCUCACUCCGCGGGAGGCGGCUGAGCAGUACGGCACCUUGAACCAGCAAAGCGCUGGGAUGACCGAGGAGGAGGAGGAGAGGACUAAAGAGAGAAGGAUCAGGGAGAUGAUCAGAGCAAAGCUUCAGGAGGAGAAGAGACUGUCGAUGAGAACCAGGAAAGCAUGGGGCACCCUCACAAAGCAAAUCAGAGGUGGAAGUACCCAGAUGAGGAGACCUGACUCUGGGAUAACUUCCAAUUCUUGGCCUUCUCUCUCCUGGCGUCCAAACACUUUUGGGUCUUCCAGCCUCGGUCUCAGCCGGGACGGAGCUCAGUCCAUGAGCCUGGAGGGACUUCAGGCCUCCACUUCCUUCAGCGAAAGGCCAAACAAAGCCUGUGGAGCACUGUCCUCCUUCACCCACAGUCCUGCACAACAACACACAGUCUCGCCCACCUACCCCCACACAACCUUCUUAUUUCUGAUCUCCGACAGAGUUCCUGCUUAUGAGUUGGUGCUGAGUGGUGUGAAGGCAGGAGUGACUGCGAUCUUGUACGACCACAGAGGGACUCUCUCAGCUCUGCUAACCCAGGUGGAGAGGGUCUUAUCUGGGCAGAGAGUUCAGAGGCUGGGCCUGCUCGCUCCUGGAGGAACGGAGGAAGUCUAUCUGCUUCAAAGUUACACUCUGUCAGAGAGGACCUUACUCACCCCCGACCAUAGAGGAUUCUGGGAAAAACUAUGCGGCUGGGUGGCACCGACUGUAGACGGGGGAGGAAUCGACAUCUUCUCCCCACUGGCUGCAUCUGCCUCCGGACUGGCACUCAUCCAAACUCUCUCGACUCUCACUGGUUUGGAGGUUCGGGCCCCGAUGGGUUUUGCGACCGGAAGUUUCCAGAACAUUCUGAGUGAGUGGUCAAACAGCGGCGUGUGUGCCGGGGCGUCGAACCAGCGACCGGCCGCCCCAGCGCUCCACUAUGUGACUGAGAGUGUUCUGGAGGGCUGGUGCCGACAGGCCGGGUGGAUGGAGGAGGCCCUGGGGGAGCUGAGGGUCGGCCUGGGGCCACAGCUGCAGCAGGUCAGCCUCCAGGCCAGGGGACGGGCUCUGGGUCAUUUUCUGUGGGAGAAGAUCUGCCUGGAGGAGCUUUCUGUGUCUCAAGAUCUAAGUGAGGCUCUAACUGAGGGACUCGCCGCACUCACCCGACAGGAAGAGACCAGACCUUUGGAGUUUCUCGCUGCUUUUUUCACGAGGUGGAGUGAGGUGAAGGAGAGAGGUGGGAGUCCUCCAGUGGACGAGUGGAGAGAUGAAGGAGCAGACGGUUCCUUGUUGGCACCGCAGGGCUCAUACAGAUUAGCGCCUGAGCUAUCACAAACCGGGUUAGAUUGGAGAGGUGUUGCUGCCAGAGAGCUGCACCACAGCGAGGGUCUUUAUCUGGGGAGACUGGGCGCUGUGCUCAAGGUGUACCAGGAGCCUCUCGCUGCAGCUCUGAACUCCAACAGAGCCAUUCUCAGCUUCGCCGACAUCCAGAUUAUCCUCAGCCCGGUCGCGCACAUACUGGAGCUCAACAGAGUGUUUCUGGGAGAUCUCCAGGCGAGGCUGCAGCAGUGGGGGGCCGAGCAGUGUGUUGGAGACGUGUUCUUAAAGCUCUGCUCGGGUCUCAAAGUCUACACCAACUACCUGAACAACUACACCACGGCCCUGAGCACCAUCGACAAGUGCAGGGAGACAAAACCGGCAUUUCGAGCUUUCCUGAAGAGAACCGACAGAACUCUUGCAACCCACAUGCUGAGCCUCCAGGAGCUGCUGCUGUGUCCAGUGUGGAGAACACAGGAGUACGUGACUCUGCUUCAGGCUCUGUCCUCACACACACAACCCGGCCACCCUGACCACACACACAUCUCCUCUGCCCUCAGCACGCUGCGACGCUACAGGGACUUCACACGGAAGUUAAAGCGUAACUCGGAGAGAGACAGACUGAUGGAAGAAACACAGCAGAGGAUCCAAGGCUGUCCGAACCUCAGUGAAGGAAACAGGCAGCUGGUAAUAACUCAGGAUGCUGCUCUGCUCCGGAGUCCAGACGAGCAGAUUCCAGACUCUCUCAGGGCCUAUGAGCACGUGUCAGACGUGGGCCUCUUUCUGUUUAAUGACGCUCUGGUGCUGACUCGGCGAAAUGUGCAUCACACACCUUUCGCCUUGACUCACCGGAGCACGCACACCUUCCUGGCGUCCGUGGCCCUCACCAGCCUGGCUGUCAGAGAGAUCAGACACUCACGCUACGUUCACCACGCCUUCGUCCUGGAUGGUCCUCGUCGGUCGUGGGUCUGCGCCACAGAGAGAGCUGAGGAGAGGGAUCACUUCCUGUCCGUGCUGCGUUCAGCCAUCAGCGCCGCUCUGGCCCCACGUCAGUGACACACGGAGGUUUGGACACCACACCACUACUGUUUUCAAAACAGACAAGGAAAGCCUCAACAGAUAAUAGUUUCAUAUCGCUAGAAACCCACAACGCCCCUGCUACCUCGUUCUAUGGUAGAUUCUGAAUGUCUUACUAUAUCUAUCACUGAGUAUUUCCAGAUAGAAUAAUGCAUUUUUAUAAGUAUAUUUUUGAAGUAUUUGGAAAGUAUUUUAU